UGUCGGUUAGCGUUGUGCAAAAAACAAACACGCUUUGAAACUCGGUGGAGUUUCACACUUCGAUGGACGGUUUCACACCGUCGCACUUAAAAUAAGCGAUAAUUUUGUCCAAAAAUACUGACUAAGGCGUUAGUCCUAUUUAUGGAUGGAAGCGACUAUUUGAAUCUAUUUGAUAAGGGACAAGUGCUUUGAUUACCUGCAAGCUGCAGUCCACAUGAAUAACCUGAAUGACCCUCAAGACUGGAAUAUAAGGCCAGAGAGGCAGGGGGGUGGUGGUGGUGACAGCAGCAAGUGGAACUAUGCCCUUCUUGUGCCCAUUCUGGGACUUGCUGCCUUUCGAUGGAUCUGGUCCAGGGAGUCUCAAAAGGAAAUCAGGGAGGCCAAGGUCAAGUAUGAAAAGACCGUAAAGUCAAUCCAGAAGGACCUGGAUGUGAAAUACCGAAAGGCGCUUUCUGAAGAUCGCAGAGAAACAGCUCAGCUCGAGCUUGAUCUGGAGAAAGAAAAGCAGCGGGUGCAUGGCUACCGUCAAGCCCUGGCUUCCCAGAGUCAGCAUCUCGAGGAGGAACGCAGAGGCAUGAGGUUAGAGCGUGAAGUUUUAGAAAAUGAGAGAUCUAGAUUGCGUUACGCGGGGCCUAGUAGUGCCCUCUUCCAAGGGGCCCUGGAAAAGGAGAAGGAGAGAGAGCAGAGGGCUUCACUGGCUCUGAAGGACGUAGAGUACAGGCUGGUGGAAAGGCAAAGGGCCUUCUGCAGUAUUUUGGUGUCUCGUGCAAGGAGGGUGGAGAUGGAGAAGGACCUUCUUGUUCGUACGGCCAAAGAGCCCCUUCUUGCACAUCUGGAGAUGGAGGAAGGUCUCAGGGAUAUUUUUAAGAAUGAUCGUAGCUGCGCUGAGUAUCUCAACAUGGAUGAGCGGAGGAAUGGGAGUCUGAUGUGGCUGUAUCUCAGAUACUGGAAGCUGCAGCUCACUCUUCAAACACACCAGAGAGCUGAGGAGGCUAUCACUGGCACACAGACAAAAAAGUGACAUCCGGUGAUCAGAAAUGAAUCUGUGUCACUAAAAUUAUGUGUUGAAGAUCUCGUUGUCAAUAAAGUUAAUGAGAUUCA